AUGAAUGUACGUCAAAGAGCCUUAGAAUUUGCAAAUGGUGACAAUGUGUUUCUUAGAGUGGCACCCAUGAAGGGAGUAACUAGAUUCAGCAAGAAAGGGAAAUUGAACCUCUGCUACAUCAGACUAUUCGAAGUUUUAGAAAGAGUAGGCCCGGUAGCUUACCUGUUAGCACUGCCACCAAAUCUAGCCGGAAUACACAACGCUUUCCAUGUCUUUAUGCUGAGGAAGUACGUCCCUAAUCCAUCGCAUGUCAUCGAAUACGAUCCCCUAGAAUUACAAGAAGACCUGACAUAUGAGGAAAUUCCAGUGAAGCUAUUGGAUCGCAAGGUUCAAGAGCUACGCACCAAAAGCAUUCUAUUAGUGAAAGUUCAAUGGAGAAAUCAUGAAAUUGAAGAAGCAUCAUGGGAAUUAGAAGAUGGACUUGCUGGGUCAUCAAGGAAAGUCGUAGGGGAGAUGGUUUCUAUAGCUGGAACUGAAAAGGGAGGUAGGUUUUGUUGUGUAAGAGUGGUAGCUGGUAGGUUAGGGGGUGUUGAUGGGUUUAACGGUAUAUCAGGAAGGGUGGACUGA